GUGGUUUGUUUUUAGUUCAAGUUGCCCCGUUUUCCUCACGGGUUUUCACUCUGACGCCGCCUUCCCAGAAUGACGUUUGAAGGUGAAAGUUGAAACAUUAAAUGAAGGGAGGGGUCCACAGAUCCCAUUAGACAGCAUUAAACAUCGGAUCGCUUUUCAUUUGAAUAAUUGUUCACGUUGUCUCGCCAGGAUGGAAUUAAGCAUCAUUUUGUCACAGAUUGAGAAUGAGAACGAAGAAGAAAUAGAGAGGCUUUUACAUGAAUACAACACAGAGAACUGUCGCACUUUCAGUUUUGAACAGGAGGAGGAGGAGGCACGUAUACGGCUGUGCCGGGCUCUGCUAAGGGUCCUGGGUCGGGUGGCACAGCCACGUUGUCAGAGCACAUGUCUUGAGACGUUGCGCAUCCUUUCCCGGGACAAGCGUGUGCUGGGACCGGUUGGUACUCACGAGGGCAUGCUGACCCUGGCCCGGCUGGCGCGGGUCGGCUCCGAUGCGCUCCGGGGCUCCGGCGAAGACGAUGAGCAGGCUGAGGAGGAAGAACGGGUGGUGGUGGAGGCGCUGAAGUGCCUGUGCAACGUGGUGUUCAACAGCACGCAGGCUCAGCAGGUGGGCGCAGAUGUGCAGCUGGCGCAGGGCCUGUGCGCCAGCCUUCACGCGGCCGGUGCCGGGGCUGCGCCACACGAGGUGGGCCUGUUCUCGCUGCGUCUGCUCUUCUUGCUGUCGGCGCUCCGCUCGGACGUGAGGGGCAUGCUGCGCAAGGAGCCCCGCGCCCUGGCGCUGCUCACCGACGUGCUGGAGCGCGCCCUGGAUGUCCACUGGGCCGGGCCCUACGAGGUGGCCCCGCCGGAUCCUCAGGCCCCCCCCAUCCCCUCACAGGAGAACGAGAGAGCCAUGGAGGCCCUCAAGGCCCUCUUCAACAUCACCAUGUCCGACUCCAGUGACGAGUCUGUGACCGGUCAGGACGCCGAGCACCAGCUGCGACUCCUGGUGGCCAUCAUGAGACACCUGCUGCUGCUGAGUACCAACACGGAGGACAAGACCGAGGAGGCACACAGCCAUGCCAUUAAUCUCCUGAGCAACAUUUCCACGCCGUGCCUGGACGUCCUCAUCGACGUUCCCGGACAGCCUGGACAGGAGGAGUAUGGCGGGAAGAACAUGGCCGUCGUUCAGGUGCUGCUGGAUUUCAUGGAGAAGCGUGUUGACCGGGGUUCCAACUACAAGGAGGGCCUGACGCCAGUACUCAGCCUGAUGGCGGAAGGUUCCAGACAACACAGAGAAAUCCGCAGAUACAUCAAGGCCAAGGUGCUUCCUCCGCUGAAGGACGUGACCAACCGGCCGGAGGUGGGCACCACCAUCCGCAACAAGCUGGUGCGCCUCAUGACCCACGUGGACAUGGGGGUGAAGCAGAGCGCUGCCGAGUUCCUGUUCGUGCUCUGCAAAGAGAGUGUGGAUAACCUGGUGAAGUACACAGGCUAUGGCAGUGCUGCAGGGCUGCUGUUGUCCCGCGGGCUGCUGGCAGGAGGCCGAGGGGAGACUCAGUACUCUGAAGACGAGGACUCCGACACAGACGAGUACAAGGAGGCCAAACCAUACAUCAACCCCAUCACGGGCCACGUGGAGGACCCUGCCACCAACCCCAUGGAGGAGAUGACCGAGGAGCAGAAGGAGUACGAGGCCCAGAAGCUCGUCAACAUGAUCGAUCAGCUGUCCAGGCAGCAGCUGAUUAAGCCCAUGGGUGUGAGGAAGGACGGCACACUGGCGCCCCUAGAGGAGACCGUGAGAGCCUGCCGCGACAACAGCAGUGACUCCGACUCGGACUGACCGCCGGCUUCACUCCUCUCUCUGUCUUCCCGUCUCACAAUUAUGCUGCGCCACUGCCUGCAUGGCCCCCGCCUGCCUGCCACACACACACUCACACACACACACACACACACACACACACACACUCAGGCAGGCCCACACCUAAUCCAGGCUUGUCCUUGCACACAGGAGCAGACUCAUCUCUCUCGAGUUGGUAUCGGUCACGUUUUCGUCAAAGCUGUCUCCUCUCCCUAUUUGCCAUGUUGUUAAUACUGAGCUGGCUCAAGAGACCCUACAGACACAUACCCAACAGCACAUCCAGUUGACAUGUCAGGAUUUGACCAAAGAUUAGAGUACUGAACUAGGAGAGAAAUCAGUCUGCUUAACACCACGUAUUUGGACUGCUAUGGUUACAGUUGUAAACACUAUCGCUAUCUGUACAAACUGAAUAUGGAGCAAACUUUCUCCCUUUCACAACAACUGUAUUUUAAUGCCUGCUCUUCAACUAGAAUUGUUUUUGUUAAUGGUGUAUAUAAGACAUUUUGGGUUUUUUCUUCUUCUUUAAAGUUAUUAGGCAUUGUGCCUUUUCUAUGCCUGGUGGGUGCAGUGAAGACUGUGGUUGUUUGUGCCAUAGAGGAUGAAUUGUGGCUCGAGCUUGUUUUUUUUGUUUUUUUCCCUCUUCUGUUCUAAAACCACUUUGUCUGGUUUGGGAAGACUUCAAAUCAGUAAUGCAUGGUGUUUGAGUCCAUCUCUCCUGUAUGACUUCAUUGUAAAUAGCUGUAUUCUGUAUAAAUGUAUGGUACUUUUUUUUCUUUUUUUUUCAGUUUUUUGAAUACCGUAUUUUACAGCCAAUCUCAGUUGGAAGAGAUUUUUUUAAAGCUCACCUGCGGUGUACUGUUAAACUAAUGAAGACUAGUCUGCAUGGUGAAUGAAUAGCCUUUCUCUCCCAGGAGUUUUUCUUCUGUUCCUCUGAUGCCGUGCCCAGGUGACCGAUUAUGUCUGGUCUUGGAGUUGUAAUGAGCUAGCUAAUGGGGUCCGGGGGGGAAAAAAAACUCUGCAAGUUUGUUAAUAUUGCUGUUCAUUCUUAUGAUUAUUAUUACACAAGCACAUUUUUGUUCCCUUACAAGAAGAGAAGCUAUUGAUCUUGUGUGUGUGUGUAUAUAUAGAUUAUGAAUAAUUAUAAAUAAGUUAAUGCCUCACCUUAGACUUGCACCAUGUACACAGCCACUAGAUAAGAUGUAUUUUAAAGAACAGAAACGAAACCCAUCCGCCACCAGUCUUCUAAAGGCUUUGCUUCUCUGGACAUAGUUUUUAAUGACAAUCUGUUUGCCUCUCUCCAUGGUACUGAUGGUUUGUGGCAGCAGCCAGGUGACCCUCUGACUCUCUCUCUCCCCCAGUGGAAGUGAUCAUUCCCCCACUCCUGAGGGACUCUUAACUGGGCCUACUUGAUCUCGCUCCCUCUCUCCUCCAGGGAGCUCUGAAUGUCCUCUGUAUACAUGUGAAUGUGGGUGCUUUUUGUAGUUUAAUUUCUCUCUUUAAGAAUAGAAAAUGUACUCUAAUUCUACACACAACUUUAAAUGACAAAUUUUUUUUUUAUACGUAUAUUGUUUGCUAAACCGACAAUGAAGAAACUAGAGAAUAAAUUAAAAAAAAGAACAUU